AUGAUGGGAUCAAAGCAGAUGAGCACAGUCUGGUUGGUAGCCUUGGCGCUAGGUUCGGCAAGUGCCUUCCAACCGCUCGUUUUUCCCACGCAACGGCGCCACCAAGGACUGCAACAACCUGUUCAUCCUGGUUCUUUAUCUAGAACUACACGAGCUGUUUGGUCUCGUCAGCCGUCUCUUUUUCAAGCUUCUCCCGUUCAAGAUGACGAAGAUGAUCGGGCAGCCGCUUUCAGCGAGACCAAGGAGAAGACCAGACUGUCGAGAUUCCGUCAGCGUGUCUCUAAAUUUUUGAAGAAGAAACUAGUAGUGGCAGUCUUUGUCGGAUCUUCCAUUGCAGGUAUCUGGACACCCCGACCUGCUGAGGCAUCUGCUCCUGUCAUGGCAGUACCCAAGGCGGAGCAAAGAGAUCCCGCCACCGAUGCCUUGCUCAACCAUGAUCGCAAAAUGGUGGUGAAACAGCAACAAGAGUUGCAAGAGAUGAAUAAAAGGGCUCGUGAGAUUGAAGCCAGUGAAGGAACCGCUGCUCGGAGUAAGUUUGAAAAGGAAUACAAAGCACAAAAGGAGAAGGAAGCUCAGGAUCGUAUCGAUGCAGUAACCCAACUCAAACGAGACUUGCUGGAUCAGGGCAUGGAUCCGUUCACUACCAUUGAAGGACAACGACAAGUUAUCUUGGCAGAGAAGGGAGUUGACUUAGGAAAGGUACCUGGAACUAUGAUGUAUUUGCAAAAACAACUAGAAGGUGGAAAGAAGAUUGAAAAGAGUCUGCUGUACAAACAGGCUCCCAAUCGACGCGUGGUCAAGGCAAUGGUAGAGGAUAUGAAAAACAAAGGUCAAGAUCCAUUAGCAUACUUUGAUGAUCAUCAAGAACAGACACAAACAAUCAUGGCCAUGACCCCUGUUGCUGCUGCACAAUUGGCACAAAAGUACCAGGCCAACUUGGAACAAUACGGACAAAUCAAUGUGCCAAAGGAGGGAGAAAUGAGUGUCAAGGAAAAGAUGGAAAAGGCAGGUGUCGAGACAACCGCCCAGUCGGUGGUUGGUUCCGCCGUAGAGGCUGCGACGCCAUCCUCCGACGGUGGAGGUGCCGGGAUUGCUGGCGACGCCGAUACAGCCACAGCAGCUGAAUCUACAACAGAAGAAGAAACAACCAGUGUAGCACCCCCAGCGGCAAAGAAGUCAAAGAAAGCCAAUACGGUCAAAAUUGGAGGUGCCGAGAUUCCUGUCUUACCACUUGCUGGAGUUGGCGUUGUGGCUGUCGGAGGCGGUGGUUAUGCAUUUAAAAUUAUGCAAGACAGAGCCGCUCUUGCUGAAGAAGAGCGAGAAAAACAAUUCCGCCUAUUAAUGGGAAUGGAUGAAGAUGAGGACACACAAAAUAGCCCUGGAUCCGCACCAGCUCUAGAAGUGGUAGACGAUGGGCUUGGCGGCUUGGAUUCCAUGGACAAAACUGAGGCGCCACCCGAACCAACGCCAAUGCCGGCGCCAAAGAAGAAACGACGAGGAUUCUUUGGAAAGAAGAACAAGAACAGCCGGGAGACUGACUUGGCAGUGUUGGUCUCAGAAGGGGCAACAGCACCACAAUUCGCGGGUUUGCUGGCGAAAAUUCUGACAUAUGGAGCACCCGGCCGCUUCCCAAGCGUCGAUCGUCUCCCGGGUGACAUGCCUUUUCAAGAGUUUGAAUUGGAAGCUGCCAAACAAAGGCUGACAGAUUCCCGUGAAGAGGCGGGGAUAGCCCUGGAAGAAUCGGCUGAAGUGUUUGCCAACGUUGUCAACUGCAUGUUGAUCGACAUUGUAGACUUGGCAUCGUCCACCUUGAAAGCUAAGGACGAUAAGGUUACUGUCGACGGUAUUGGUGUUGUGAUUGACUUUAUGAAUCAUGCUUCAUCUUUGUACGACUCUGUUGCUGGUGGAACUGUGAUCGAGCCCGUGACGUAUGGUGGAAAUCUUGGCAAGGGACAGUUGGAGAAAAUGUAUAGUGCUUAUGCCACAUCCGGUAUGAUGAAUUUGGGUGACAUGGAUACUGAUUUUGAAGCUCGAGUAAGCUUGCUGCAAGACGCAUUCCAGAUCUCUGAGAAGAAAGCACAAGGUUUGACGAUGAAGGCCCUACAAAAGAACAUGAUGAAAAUGAUGAAGGACGGUGAUAUGGAAGAUAUGAUGAAGCAGUUUGGCGGGGAAGGUGGCUUGGAAGGACUUGCGGGUAUGGAAGGUAUGAUGGGCGAGGAAGGUGAAGUGGAUCCUGAGCAGCUCAAAGAAUCGUUGAAGAUGUUGAAACAAAUGAAAGACUCCGGGGCUUUUGAUCCUUCUGAGUUGGAAGCAGUCAAGGCCCAGUUCAGGGAAACGUACGGUCAAAGCCUCGACGAAGUCAUCACGCAAGGUGACGAAGAAGGCGUGGACAGUGCAGACAAGGAGCUGCUGGAUUUGAUGAAGGCCAUAUUGGAUGACUGA